UGAAAAUUUGAAAUUAUGGCUGAUAUAGACAUUCGAGAUCUGAGAAAGCAGUGUAUUCAAAGCUUGAUCUCGACUGCGGAAAAUGUCGCUAAAUAUUUGCAAGAGGACAAGGAAGACAAUUAUGAAAAACUUAAGAUGUACAUGGAAAAUUACUGCUUAUUGGAAAUAGAACAAGAAGUUGCUGAGCAGGCUUUAGAGGCAGCAAAGGCAGAUACUAACAUAUCAAACAUAAAUACACUCCAAGAAAGAUUCGAGGAUGGCCUGAAAACUCUUUCACAGAACAGAAUUAAUCCUAACAGCCAUAGAUACAUGCAAGAAUUAAAGACUAGAUAUGAAAGUGGAUUACAAAGUGUAUCUUCAUCAGGACUUACAGAAAACCUGAAUGAAUCUGAUAUAGCUAUUGUCCAAACAAAUGAGCAGUUUCUAGAUCCAAUUACCAAAAAACAUAUAUCAGAUCCAGUGAAGAAUACAAUGUGUGGCCAUGUGUAUGAAAGAGAGACUAUUUUGAAUCUCAUAAGAAGGAAGCAUAGAAUCAGAUGUCCAGUUGCGGGAUGUGCCAAUCCAGAAAGCGUUCAAGAAAACCAUCUAUUGGAAGAUGAAGAAUUGAGAUUUAGAUUAUCAUUGUCGCAACACUCGACCAUGAUACAUUAAGUUCAUUUAAUAAUAUAAUAAAUGUGAAUUGACAA